AUACGGAAACAAGAAAACAUGACUACGACAAAGAGAUCAUCAGCCAUAAAAUUAAUUCACCGAUUAGUAAUAGCAGCCUACAUGACUUGCACAAUCAGAACUCCUACGACAAGGAUCAUGUCAAGGAAUUGGAAUUUUAUCAGAGUUUAGCCAAGGCUGCCUCACUGGUCAAUCACAAUGAUGCUCAUUCGCAUCAAUCGCAUGAGUCCCACGAAAUGUCGCCAGCCACUUCGCCGCAGCCAAUGCAAAUCGACACCGAUGUGGGCGAAGAUUGCGAUGGCCGAGAUCAACUUAGUCGCUUGUCGGAUGCUGAGGAUCACGAGCAGCAGGCGAAGGCUUCAGCUUCAGCAUUGGCGGUAGCAGCAGCGGCAGCGCAGGCGCAUCUAAACGGAACUAUGCAAGACAUGAUAAAUUUACAAAAAUUACAAAAUUUAGCUACGCUUCAGCAGCAGCAGCAACAACAACAACAACAACAGCAGCAACAACAACAACAACAACAUCAUCACAUGCAACAUGCCAAUGGCGGCGGCAAUGGCAUUCACCAUCAUCACCACCAUCUCCACUCGCAACAUCCCAACCUGCACACACCACCCGACGGCACGGCCACGCCGGUUAGUGUGGGCCAGAAUGUCACUCCGGCGACGGCUGCAGCAUUAGCAAGUCUUCAGGGAUUAGCGGCAGGUAUCAGCGCUUCAGCGGCUGCAGCAGCAGCACUCAAUUCGCCGCUCAAUUUGACUGUUGGUGCCGGUGCGAGUGGAAAUAGUGGCAUCACUGCCUGUCUGCCCUCGGUGAGCGCCACUGCCACCGGCCCACACAGCGCUCCGUGCUCGCCCAGUGCUCUUUCCGCUUCGAAUGUGCUCGCCGCAGCAGCCGCUGCCGCAGCGGCCUCUAACAAUAAUAACAAAGUCAUGUCACAUGCCGGCAAUU